AUGGCCGAGGUGCUCCGAGGGGGAGAGGGCGCGCACAGGUCGGCGAGGGCGGCGCGCGAGGGCCCUGGGGGAAGAGAGGAGGGGUCCCCAGAGGGUGUCCGGGUGGGGGGGGCUCCGGGAUCCUGGGCCCCGCGGCUGCUUCCGGCCCGCGGUCCCCUCGGCUGGCCCCUGAAGCCCGGCUUCCCCAGCAACAGGCGCCCCGUGCACGAGAGGCUCCGCCCCCGACGCCCCGCCCCCUGCGGGCGCCGUGGGCGGGGCCACGCGGUUGCCGCGGCGACGCGCAGUGUUUGUGCUCUGCCGGGUCCCCGCCGCCCCGACAUGGCCGCUCGGCCGCCUUGCUGGACCAAGCCCACGCCGUGCCCUCCGCAGCGGCAGCGGCAGCGGCAGCCCGAGCCGCCGCGGCUGGAGGUGAAGGUGGUGGGUCUUUACAAAAGCCUCAGCUUCCAGGUCGCCAAGACCAUCGUGGAGAUUCUGAAGAACAGUUAUCCAAACAAAUUUGAAGAUCCUGUAAUAGUGCCUCUGCAAGAAUUUGCAUGGAAUCAAUAUCUACUGGAGAAAAAGAGGGAGCUCAAAUAUGAAACCUGGGAAUAUUCUUCCUAUGUGAUGUGUUUUAUUAACAAUCAACUCCUGGGUAAUGAAUCUGAUCUGAAGAAAUGGGCCCAACAGGUGUGGGAUGUUGUUGACAUCAGGCCCACCACGCUCUAUGAGGCACUCACAUUGGAUUAUUCUAUGAAAUUCUUAAAAGACACUAUGCAUGAUUUUGUGUUCUUGGAUGUUAAUAUUGGUCGUACUCCAAUUGGAAGACUGGUUUUUGAGCUAUAUUGUGAUGCAUGUCCCAAAACCUGUAAAAAUUUUGAGAUCUUGUGCACAGGAAAAGCAGGGUUUUCUAAAAGAGGUACAAAACUCCAUUAUAAAGAUUCAAUUUUUCAUCGAAUAGUACAGAAUGGUUGGAUACAAGGAGGAGAUAUAGUGGAAGGAAAAGGAGAUAAUGGAGAGUCUAUUUAUGGACCAACAUUUGAAGAUGAGAACUUUUCAAUUCCUCAUAACAAAAGAGGAGUCCUUGGAAUGGUAAACAAAGGCCAUCACACAAAUGGGUCACAAUUCUAUAUCACACUACAAUCAACUCCCUAUCUGGAUAAAAAAUAUGUCGCUUUUGGGCAAUGUGUUGAAGGAACAGAAGUUCUUCACCAACUAGAAUUAGUCCCAACAGAGAAUGAAAGACCAAUGCGUCUUUGUCGUAUUUCUAACAGCGGAAGUCUUUAUACUUGAUUUUCAUAUCCAUGUGUUCCCUGAUGAUUGUGUUACAGCCUGUCAGCUGUUUGUAGAUUUGAUUAAACAGUGUGUGGCAGACACUGUAGGUUGGCUCAUCUAGCACCCAAUCCCUCUUCCUUUUCCUUCCCCAUUUUUCUACCAUAUGAACUACAAAGCAAACUGCAGCUGUCACCUUGCGGCCAUAAAGGAAAGGCCAGGAGAGCUGCUGAGAUGUCACCUCCAACCUCCAGAGCCGCAGGACCAGCAGCUGGCCUCCCCUCUGUGCCUCUGGACUUCUUCCUGCAUGAGACAAAUAGGUCCCUGCCUUAUGUCACUGGUGAUGAUUUUGUU